AUGAAUAAAGAAAAUGUUUGUCAAGCCUUUAAAACUGUCAAAGUUAGCAAUCGUGAAUUAGAAACAUUGGUUAAUUCACGAGUUAACUAAUUGUAAAGAUAACUGUAAGAAAAAGAUCAAGAAAUUGCUUAAUUAUAACAAUAUAAUUUACUUCCACAAUCUCGAUUAAUGGAAAUUAAAUUUGAUACUAUUCAAACAGAAAAUCAUUAGUUGAGAAAUUAAGUUAAUCAAUAUGAAUCUAUGAUAAAAACUAUUUAAAAUAAAUGCAAUUCAUAAUAAACUUAAUUAGAAUAAUUGACUAAUUUACUCUAAGAAACUUAAAAUAUUUUAGAUUUUGAGAGAUAAGCUAAAUAAGCUUUAGAACUUUAAUAAUCAAACAUUUAACUUGAUGCAGAAUCUGAAAAAUCAGCAAUCAAAACAUAGAUUGAUUUAUUAAGAAAAGAAAAAUAUUAAUAUUAAUCUUAAUUUUAAGAAAUCGAAUUAUAAUUGAAAUAAUAAUAAUUGGCUAAUAUGGAAGUUACUUAAGAAUUAACAACACUUAGUAAUUCAUUUACAUAAUUAUAACUUUCAUAUUCAAAAUUAGAGGAAAGAACAUAUGAAUUGGAAUCUAAAAAUGAAAUCUUAGCUUCUUAAUUAGAUGUCUAUAAAACAUAAAAUGAAUAAAUGAAAUCUGAACUCUAAUAAUCUAAUCCUAAAAAUGUAGAAAAAUAGUUUUAAUAAUAUGAUAGAAUCACUGAGCUUGAAGCAAAAUUAAGAUUGUCUUAUGAAAAUACUUCAUAAUUUCAAUAAUUAUUAAAUGAAAAAUAAGAUCAUAUUAAGAAGUUAGAAAAAUAAUUAUAGAAAUAAAUGAAUUGGAAUGACAAUAGUCAUCAAUUAUAGGAUUAAUUGGAAAAAUCUUAAUAUGCUAUUGAAGAGAUGUAGUUUGAAAACUAAAAAAUUGCUAAAUUUUAAUAAUAAUAAAUAGAGUAAUUAAAGAGACAAUUAGAAUAACAAAGUAAUAAUAAUGAAGAAUUGAUUGAAACAAAAUAAUAAUUAUUAAAAGUCAAAGCUGAAUUUGAAAAUUACAAAUCCAUUUAGGAAAACAAAUUAAAUGAUGUAAAUUAUAGUAGAUUAUGUAUUAGGUAAACUCAAAGUCAUUGUUAGAUUAAUAAAAUUAAUGGAAUUUGGAAAAAUCUAAAUUAGUAAGUUAAAUAUAGCAUUUGUCAAGUUAAGUUGAAUUUCAAUAAAAUUAAUCUCAUGAUUAAUUAAGAAUAUAAGUUGAAAGUUAAAUGGCUUUAAAAUAUGCAGCUGAAAAAGUUUAAUUAGAAAAUUAAUUAUGGGGUGUUUAAGAAUAAUUAAAUGGAAUUUAGAAUUCUAUUGAUUUAUACGUUACAAAAAUCAGUUAACUAAAUAUUGAGAAUGAUUAAUUGAGAGAAUAAUUAAUAGAAAAUUAGAAUAGUUCAAAGCAAAUAUUAAUUUACGAAACAUAAAUUCGUAACUUUUGUGUGGAGAUUGAAAAAUUAAAGAAUAUUAUAAUAUAAAAGAGUGAUCAAAUAGAAUUUAUUUCUUAAAAAACAAUUCAGACCGAAAAUUUAAUUAGUUAUGUUUAAGAGUUGGAAAGAAAAGUGAAUCAAUUAAGUUAAGACAAUUAAAGAUUAAAUACAAUAAUAAUUUAAAGAUGUAAAAAUUCUUGGUGA